AUGCUGACAGCGCGCCCUACCGUUCCCAAAGCGCUACGGCGAGCCGGUGUGCGCACCAACUCGAGUCUUCGAGCUACGGUCGCGCGACUGUCGAAUGCGCCUGGCGCGGAGGAGCGUCCGGGUGCGCUAUUCCAUGUCACCGCGCCCCUGGACAACAUGGCCAACGCGCUGGCGGUCGUGCGGGCGAUAGAGAAGCGCUACGGACGCGUGCUGGAGCAUAGAAUAGCCCAUGACAGCGAAUGCCCCCAAUUAUACCGCAAGCACCUCUGGGUGACCUUCGCGGACCAGUCGGCCAGGCAUCUGCUCGCUGCGAACCCCAGGGUCACUUUUGAGGCGACGCCCAUCGAGCCCCAGAUUGGGGGCCCGCGCCUGUCCAACAUCGCCCCCUUCCUCCGCAAAGCAAGCCGCGACGAGAGCUAUGUGGAUGCAGACGCGCUGUCCAGCACGCGCGUCAUUGGCGCGGAGGGUCAACCAUCGCAACCCAACUACACGGCGCGCAUGCGCGAGUCCAGCCAGAUCGGCCGGGAGCGCCGCCGCCAGAUCGCCAGCAGCUGGCUCGCCUUCGGCGGCUUCGCCCGCCUCGACCCCGCCCCCGCCGGUACAGAGCUCAGCCAGCUCGACCAGCCCGCGAAGCGCGCGCUCUUCCGGCGCGCAGCGGAGGCCUUCAACCUGCAGAACCCGUACGAGUACCCGGCAGGCGCGCGCCCUCCGCCGCCCGCAGAGGCGCAAGCGACGCCACAGCGGGAGUUCAGGCCGCUGGACGCCGCGCCGACACCGGUGGAUGGGCUGGGGAGGCCGAUACCGACGCCGGGGGCGGCUGGAGGGGAGCCUGCAGCGUCUGCGCUGCCAGAGGUCAGCCCCGACCUGCCGUCACCGCUGCCGUCGCCGACCGCGAGCCCGGAGGCGCAGGCUUUCGCGAGGGGCGAGCCGAUCAUCGUCGACCCCUUCGCUGCCCCUGCGGCCCCUCCGCCCGCAGAGCCGUCCGCCCCGUCCCCCGAAGCUUCCGCCGCAGCCCACGCCGUCAAGCUCCCCCGCGUCAAGCGGCCCAUCGUCAACGCGAAGCGCGUCGCCGGCAUCGCGCCAACGCACCCUUCCCGCCGCCAACCGCAGGCCGCGCGGUCGCAGUCCGCGCCGAAAAAGCAGCGCGCGUCCGUGGCUGCCAACAUCCUGUCCUCGAAGCCCGUUCCUCAGGCGUCGGCGAAAGACCCGCUGGAGCACGAUGACAGCUUGCUCGCGGAGGUCAGGGAGACGUUCUUCAAGAAGGACGAGGAGAAGCGGCCAGAGGGGAAGAAGGGCUCUGGGCUUUUCGGUGGCUGGUUUUGA